UAUAUAGAGGAAUUAUAUGAAUUCCAGAAUCAGUAUGGGAUUUGUUAAUUCUUCGAGAGAGAGAGACAGAGAGAGGCGGCCUUUCUGCUUCAAAAAAAUGAGUUUUUGUUGUAAAGAAGCUUUCUCUUCGGUUGUUUCUGCUAAUUCAUUUAGCAAUAGCAGACAAAAGCAAACAGUCUUCUUCUCCAGAAGGAUAACUACUGCUUGCAGGUCUCCUCCUUCCUUUGACGUCUUCAUAAACCACCGUGGGAUGGACACGAAGCGCAAUGUCGCUGCCAUGCUUUACGACCGUUUCGUCUACCUAAAACUCAAUCCCUUUUUAGAUUAUAAGAGCAUGAAGCCUGGCGAAGAGCUUAAGGAGGUCAUUGAAACUGCUAUAAGAGACUGUAAGGUUGGGGUGGCCAUCUUCUCUCCAAAUUAUUGCACUUCUCACAACUGCCUCCAUGAAUUGGCUCUGAUGAUGGAAUGCGAGAAGAAAAUCAUUCCCAUUUUCUAUGAUAUCAAGACCUCUGACCUUGUGCUUGUGGACAAUGGAAGAUUUCCGGCCAAGCAGCUUCGUAGGUUUGGAUUGGCACUUGAACUGGCCAAGGACAGGGUCGGCAUCUCGUUUGAUUCGUCCAAAGGGGAUUGGUCCGAUCUGAUCAAAAGAGUUUCGGAUAGGGUGGUAGAAGUCUUGAUGGAAUUGGAAGCGACAGGAAGAAAAAGUUACCAGCAUGAUGAGUAGAAACAGACCAUUCUGGUGUUAAAAUUUUGGUUUACAGAGAGGGAUCCCUGUGUUUACUGAAAAGAAAAAGAAAUUGAUGAGAAAGGAGAUAAGAGAGAUAUUGUUAUGUAAUAAUGUGUAUGAUAUUAUCCAUGUGAUUAUGGGUUCAUGUAGUUGUGGGAUCAAUAUGGUCCCACAUAACUAGUCCAGAAUAACCGUUCUUAGAAAAAAAAAAAAAAAUUGGGUGUGUAAUACCCCUCAUUAUCACUGUUUUGACUUCGACUUUUUAUAUAAGGGUAAAUAAAGUAAUUUCACAUUAAAA